GGAGCCGCUGCCGGCCCCGCGGGAGGGACGGGGCGGGCGGCGGCGAUGGAGGAGCCGCUCUGCUGCUGCGAGUACGUGGACCGGCGCGGCCGGCGCAACCACCUGGCGGCGUGCUGCUGCGACUGCGAGGAGCUGGACGACGGCUGCGACAGGUGGCUGACGUGCAAAUCCCUGCCCCCGGGAGCGCUGGAGAGGAUCGCCGACACCAUCGCGGACCGGCUGCGGGUCCCCUGGUUCUCGGGGGCCGUGAAGAUCAAUGUCAGCCUCGUGCCGCCGCUCGUCCUGCUGCCCGUCCUGCUCCACGUUGCCGCCCUGCACUUCCUGCUGGGGCUUAUCAUCCUGACGUCCCUGCCCGUCGUGGUGCUGUGGUAUUACUACCUCACCCACCGGAGGAAGGAACGGACUCUCUUCUUCUUGAGCCUGGGGCUCUUCUCCUUGGGAUAUAUGUACUAUGUGUUUCUCCGGGAGGUGGUUCCCCGGGGCCACGUGGAGUAUUCCCAAGUGGUCGCUCUCACGUGCGGGUUAAUUCUUAUGCUUGCAGCCCUGUCUCGAGCCAAGAAGGACCCUGGCUACCUUCCCAUCCCAGCAGGCAACGAGAAGCCAUCGCACCAGGGUUUGCCCAACAAGAGUGUUAGAGGGAGCUCCAGCGGGCUCCAUGGCAUCUCAGGUGCUGCAAGCAGUCGCGCUGUGAAUGGGGAGGCUAAAGGUUAUUGCAGGAUGUCAGCUGAGCAGCCAGAAGGUGUGAAAAAGGACUGGUGCACUAAAUGCCAGCUGGUCAGGCCAGCCCGAGCAGGGCACUGCCGGCUUUGUGGCAGGUGUGUGAGGAGGCUGGACCAUCACUGUGUCUGGAUUAACAGCUGUGUAGGGGAGCAGAACCAUCAAGCUUUCAUCCUUGCACUCUCCUUCUUCAUGCUCACCGCUGUGUAUGGGAUUACCUUGACCCUGCACACCAUCUGUAGAGGCCGAACUCCGUUUGUGGCAUUGCUCUACUGCCCCGGGGCCUAUUCUGACUACAGCUCUGCUCUGUCGUUCACCUGUGUAUGGUACUGUGCCAUUGUAACAGCUGGCAUGGGAUACAUCCUCCUCAUCCAGCUGUUGAACAUCAGCUACAACGUGACUGAAAGGGAAGCUCGGCUGGCUCUGCGGGACAACACCGGGCGCAGGCUGCUGGGCGGGUGGUGUUGUGUCAUGGCUCGCAGACUUUGGUUAGCAGGGGAGUGGCCCCUCCCACCAGGACUUCUUCCUCAGACAAUCUUUCCUCGUGGUCAAUGUGUGGGCUAUCCCCUCACUGACAACACCAGAUGUUUUCCCCGGUGGAAUGGUUCUUCACGUGCUGUCAGCCAGCAAUAGGAUGCAGAAAGCAGUAAGCCAUAUGUGCAGAUGGGGAGAGGAGGAGCCGGCUGCCUUUUUCCAUCGUGGGAAACAGCAAGAGGAGCACAAGGUUUUGAGAACUUCAGUUUCCCUUAGAUGUGAAUACUGGCAUCGGGAGGAACCUGCUGCUGGGCUUCAGAGAGUGCACUGAUUCCUGCAAAGGUUAAGGAAUCCCUGGGUUUGUGUGGCAUUUUGGAGAUGUCAGAAGAGUGAACUUUGGAUGCAGGUAACAGACGGACCUCUGCAGAAACCAGGCUCUUUGGCUAAAAGAGACUGUCUAGGCAGUCACUGGGCAGCGCUCUCCUCUUUGGUGCAUUUAUUUAUUUAUUUUUACUAUCUCUGAUUCCAUCCAGCUGUGUACAUGCUUCUAUUAAGUGCCUUUGUGAGCUACAUUCCUGUAGGACUUUGUAAGAUCCCUUCCCCUCUUGAUCCCUAAAAUCGUUAUUCCAUCCCUGUCUGUCUAAAUGAGUGGAAAGAAAUCCCAUUGUUCUUUCCUCAGAAAAGAACAAUUCAUUUGUAUUGUCUGUAUUGGUUUGAAGGCUUUGCUCAUCUCCCUCAAGUUAUUUCUGCUCUGAUUAUGGGUUGUGACAUGUGACAGCAGGUAAAUACACCAAGUAAGGAGUUUUGAAGCAACACGUAACAGUGAACUCUGAGGGCAAAACAAGAGUGCUAUCUGUCUGAUAUUACCGUAGCUUUAUGGAAGGAGCAUUCAUCCUCUGUUUGUGGGAGAAGGGAGAGUAGGCAAUUCUGCCAGCAGCAUCUUGGUUGUGUUACUGUUAAAACAGUGAUCUUGUCUUCUCUCAGCCUGGUUACUGUGGAGCUGCCUGACUGUGGAUCUGUUUUCUCAAGUCAAGAAGCCAAGGAACAGAUCAACCCUAAGUUACAUAAGGAGAGGUAGAAGAUGUAUUGGAGGUGUUUGUUUUUGGGAUAGAUGACUUGUACUGGAAGGUGAAUGAACCUGUUAAAAUGUGCUCUUCAAGGGUGCCAUUUUUUCCAUUUCUAUUUACAGCCUGCAACUGUAUAAUGGCCUGGACUUGAGUUUCAGUCAAAAUAACAAGGUUUUGGUCACAGUGGUUUCUGGAUUUUGUGGGUGGGAUUCUUUGUUGCUUUUUGUUUUAAACCCUUUAUGUUUGCUGUUGGCCCUGCAGUAAUAGGAAAGGUGUGUCUGGAAGAGCUGGGGACCAUGACACAAGAAUUACAGGUUGGGUCUACGGUGUAAAAACAGAGAUAAGAGCUUUGUCCUAGCUAUGGUGUUUUCAGAUGCAUGCAGGGUGCAUGGGUCAUGCCUGCACCUGAGUGUACGGGCAUGGCAGACAGCUCUGGGGUACUGGGGAAGUGAUGCACAUUCACUGUGCUGCUGUGCAGUAGCUUUGAAGAAUGGAUGGAUGGUGCAUGAUGCCAAAAGAAAGCAGGGUCGGGACUGUCUCUCGGGAUCCUUGCUAUAUUUUUGUGAGUGCUCCUCAUGACAUGUCCCAAUUUAAGGUAGAGACUGUGUCCCUCUUUGCACUGUUUGGUUUCCUCAAGUGGCACUUUUUAUAACCAGCAGAUAAUUGAGGAGCAGCUACAUUUGGAAUGUGGCUGUACAGUUACUGAAUUUCCCUUAUUUCCUAUUGCCCUUUUAAUCCCAUGAGCAGUUCUUUAUAAGAAGGUAAAGGGGCACCUCUUUUGCUUCCUACCUCUAACCAAGCACAGUAGGAGUUUCUGACCACUUUCUUGACCCUAAUAUGACUAAAAAGGUACCCAGCUGGACUGUGCAAAGUGUUCCUUUAUGACCUUCUGUUUGGAGCUUGAAGCCUGAUUCUGGGAGUUCAAAUUGAGACCACGUUGCUUCCACUGGAGUUGUCUGUGAACGUUUCCAUGGCACAUAUGUAUUUUGUGAUGCCUGCUUGAGAUGAUGUUGAGCUUGGCAGCCCUGGAGAUAAGGAUGCUGUGGUCUGGCAGGAUCUUAGAUCUUAUCCUGCUGGCACUGAGGAAGAUUAAGGCAGAAGUACCUCCUAGGCUAAAUGAACCCCUGCAGUGGAGACAGCCAAUUUCUCUGUCCCUGUGUGCUGCAUGCACAGGAAUCAAUCAAUCAACCCCCACGGGCUGAACAAGCUCUGGGAGCUUUUGCAGGUUUGAGAUAAGUGAUUUCUCAGAGUCCCACUACUCCUAGCUGGGAGAAAGCAGAGCAGAUCACAGGACACUUCCCUGGCAGUGCUGACCCUGUGGUGUUUGCUUGCUCCCACAGGCAGAGAUUGGUUGCACCUUUGCAGCCUGUCACUGUAGCUGUGUCCCUUGUCUCUCAGUGAGCUCUUAGUGACUGGGAGGUUUAACCUGAACUGCUUACACUGAGAUUCCCUCUGGGCUGUUCUCCCAGGCAGUGUGGGAUUUGGAGUGCAGAUUAGGAACAGAGGACAUGAGACUAACAUAACCAUUCCAUACCUUGGUCAAACAUGCUCCAGUAGAGUGGGGGCAGUGCUAAAGUAAAUCUCAUUUUUUGCACUGGCUCCAGGGAGAACUGAAAUCAUUCAGGGCACUAAAGGCUUGCAAGGAUGGGGUUUUUCUCUAGCAGGAAAAUGCAGUGUUGGUUCCUCAGUGAACAGGAAAUUCAGGUGGCUGUAAUCUGCAUAGUAAUGGUGACUGUUCCUUUAAUAGCAUGGCAUUGGUUUACCUCUUCUUCCUGAUAGGAUUUGCUUUGUGAAUGUGCUGGGAGAUGAGAAGCAUAAAGUAAUAGGAUAUUUAAAAGGCAUCUAAAUGGGCGGAAGAAUUUAAAUCCUUUCAGAUGCAUACUUGGGAUCUCUCCUUUUAACAUCCUUGAGAAAUAUCAGGAAACCCUUGGAGGGUAAUGCUCCCUGUGCAGUUAUUGCAAGGGCAAACUGUUGUGAUUUGGUGUGCUCAGGAACAGUUUAUUUUCUGAGUAAUUUCCUGCUGUGCUUGGUACUGACCGUGCUGGUAGAAAAAUGUUAAAAUCUCGGCAUACAGAGUCAGUCCUUGGGCUCCCUGUGUUAGUAGCUGUCUAGAUCCACGCUGCCAGGGGGUUGGAGCAGUGGGAGCAGCCUGCAUGUGACAGGGGACUUGUGGGUUGUGUGUGGACUCCAGGCAAGGACCAGUGUCUCGCCUGUAAAGCUGCCUGCCUGGCAGUGCAGGAAACAGUACCCUGCUGGCUCUUCAGAGUUUCCCUGUGUGUGAAGAGAGGACUUAAAGUUGAUCAAGAGCAGGGUAGGAUUUUGGUAAUAGCCAGCCUUGAUAUUUUUCCACCCAGACUUUGGAAGUCAGUUCAUCUUGCUUUACCCAUGACCUUUUAAGAGACAUUUGUUGUUUCACAAAUAGUGUGGACUUCUGCAGACCAGGCAGCUCUUAGGGGGCCAGGGUUCUGGUGUUGUAGUGUUACACCAUUUGUGUCCAAAUGCCAUCAUCCCACUGUUUGGUGUCUGUGGUAGGAACAGUGCACCAUUAGUUACACCCUGUAAGCAGUGGCUUGGCACUCUUUAACUGUGUCUUCCUGCAUUGUGCUUUUUUGUAGGCGAGUCACAGGUCCCCACAUUGACUGUUUCUCCAUUUAACUCGUCCUCAAAUGACAAAAGUCACUGGUGAGCCUGAGCUGGUGCUGCUUGUGACUCCUAAUCACAUUUCAGCCUUCAUGCUAUGAUGGUGCUUUUUUUCCCUUCCAAGUAGGUUGCUUUCAAGUGUCUUAAUGAAACCAUUUGCUGUAAAAUUUCUUCUGAAGAUAAAAUGGAUACUGCCUCACUGCCUAAUGUCUUAAUAAUGUGCUUGGUUUUUUCCUCCUAUAUGAAUGUAUAUUGCCUCAUUAGGGCAGGAAGCGUGUGUGAUUAUGGAUGUGUUUUCCUGUAUUCCUUUCAGUGAAAAAAUCUACAGUUACCUAGGAUUUUUUUUUUUUUUUUGCCACUGCUGGGAUGUUUGUGCAGUAAAAAAUCUGUCUACAGACAGGUGAGGUUCUUUCUGAAAUGUGGGAAUUCAGCCUCCCAAGAUCUUGUUUUUAUGGAAUUUCAGAAUUUCUCUAAUGAUAACGUGAAGAGUGAUGGGCUCUGGAAGAAAGUGGAAAGUUCGUUGUUUUUUGUUUUUUUUAAACCUGAGCUUUAGGAAGAAACUUUGUGAAACAUUUGUUGAAACAUUUGUGAGCUUUUUUUAAGAGACUGAUGUGUGUAUGUUUGUGUCCGUUUUGCAUCAUAUUCAGUGUUUCUAAAUGGGUAUCAAAUGAAUCAAAAUAAAUUAAU